AUGCCGAAGACCAGAGCUUAUGUUUCCAAUGGUAGAAGAGAGUCACUCUCCGAGACUACUAUUGAGGUGGGCCAGCCACCAGUGGUUCUUCCGUCGGUUGUUGGUGCACAAAUUGCUUCCGAGAUCAUUUGGAGAACGGCUGAUCAGCAGUGUUACGAGAGGUUUCAGAAGAUGAAACCACCCAGUUUUAAGGGAGUGGGUAUGGUGGAUGCUCGUGGUGUUAAGUUUGUCGCUCUUCAAUUUUGUGGUCGCGCCAAAGAGUGGUGGAAGCCUUUUGUGAUGUCUAGAGAAGUUGGAUCUCCUUUGAUAGAGCAUGCUGUGACUAUUGUUCCAGAAGAGGUAGAGAGAGUUCCCAGGUUUGUGAGAGGGUUGACUGUCUCCGUCAAAUCUUAUGUGUUCAGGGCAGCCAGAGAUGGGGCUUCCUUCCAGUCCAUUGUGAGCACUGCAAAGAGGUCAUAUGAUGCGACAGUGUGUCCCCUUCAAAAUCUUUCAGAACCUCAGCGCUCCAAUUCAGCGCUUCCAGCCAGAGGUCGAGGCAGAGUUCAGUCCGAUAAAGGUGGCAGGACUACUGGUAGAGAUCUUCAUCCAGAUAGGGAUAUUGACUUUGCUAUUGACUUAGAGUCGGGCACUAAGCCCAUCUCUAUUCCUCCUUAUCAUAUGGCUCCAGCCCAGUUGAAGGAAUUGAAGGAUAAAUUACAUAAUUUGUUCACUAAGGGGUUUAUACGCCCUAGUGUUUCUCCAUGGGGUGCUCCUGUGUUGUUUGUAAGAAAGAAUGAUGGAUCCAUGAAGAUGUGUAUUGAUUAUCGACAGUUUAACAAAGUGACAGUGAAAAAUAAGUAUCAUCUUUCUCAUAUUGAUGAUUUGUUUGACCAGCUUCAUGGUGCAUCUCUAUUUUGUAAGAUUGAUUUAAGAUACAGUUAUCACCAGUUAAAGAUUAGGGCAUUGGAUAUCCCUAAGAUAGCUUUUACAACUUGUUAUGGGAAUUAUGAAUUUCUUGUGUUGUCUUUUGGUUUGACUAACACCCCUACAUUCAUGGAGUUGAUGAACGGGGUGUUCCGACCUUAUCUAGAUUUCUUUGCGAUAGUAUUCAUUGACGACAUCUUGGUGUACUCCAAGAUUGAGGAGGAUCAUGAUCGACAUUUGAGGAUUGUACCCUAA